CUUUCCUAGUUCUCGGGGCAAUCCCAGGAGGAAAGAAUGACUUUCUUUUCUUUUUUCUUCCUUUUUUUUUUUUUACAGGUGAGAAAGAUGAGGCUCAAAGACAACUGAGUUGCUGGAGCUCACCCAUCAGGUAAGUGGAAGAGCAGAGCUGGUCCUCUGGUUCCAGAAUCCUGACCUCAGUCUCAGCCUCCUCGGUGGGAUUUUGUGGGAGGGGUGUGGGGCUGGGGAGGCAGUGUAUAUGAAAGAAGUGCAGGAACGCAAGCGCAAGCGAGUGGUGGGGCUGGCCCUGGCGGAUUGGUGGAUUCCUGGCAGGUCUGGGUCAGCUCCCACCACAGAGCCCCCUCCCUGCCUCCUCCUUCUCUCUAACCCAAACAGCAGCCCAUCAUGGGAUAAUAGAACCUGGCUCUUGGUGCCUGGGACUGAGGACUGGAAGGAAGAUGGGGUCUGCAACGGAAGGGUCCCUCCCUCCCACCCUCCAUGAAGAUACCCCUAUUGGCUGCCAGCAGCACCAAGCAGCUGGCCUGGGUUUAGGGUGUCUUCCUAGAGGCCUCCUGGGCCCCUGGGCCCACACUUUUCUUCUCCCAGCUGACAGGAACGAGUGCUCCUUGUCUUGCUGAGGGAGGCUGUGGUAGGGCUCCCCGCAUCCUGCGUGCACUCAAGAGCAGAAGCGCCCCCCUCCCCUACGCCGCCACCCUGCAAGCCCCUUCCCUCAGCCCCAGGCGGACCCCUUGCUCACUCACCCUCGCGCACCUACGCCGCCUUCCCCAGCGGAGGAGCGCUUCCGGCGCGCUGAGCAGGCGCGGUGGGAAGGCCGUUGGUCGCUGCCCCAACCGGCGAACUGAGAAGCCAAGUCAGAGUCAGCGGGGUCUUGGGCGGCGGCGCGGGGGAGGGCGGUGAAGCUGAGGCGUCCGGGCCCGCGGGGGACGAGGGGGUGGAUGGGCCGGGGACGCUGCGAGAGCCCGCGUUUUCGCGCUUUCCGGCGGGCUCAGGCGGCUGCCGUCGGGCCUGGCGGGUGGGCUGUGGCUGCGUCCUCCGGCCCCCAGGAGGCGGUGCGGCGUGGCGCCCGGUCCUCUGCCGCGGUCGUUCCCGCCCCCGCGGCCAGGAGGCGGCGCCCGUCAACGCCAGGCGCCGCGCGGUACCCGCCGUCGAGGCGACGGUGUGGUACGUUCGAGGGCUCUGGCUGCCUGGCCUCCCGGGUUCGGGGUUCCCCUCGGCGCGUACCCCGGGCGUGAGCGCGGCGGGCGGGCGGGCGAGCGAGGGAGCGGACGCGCGAGUCCCCGGGUGGUGGGGGGAGGGGGGCGCCAGGGUCGGCUGGGCCCACGGGAGCGCGAGCACGAGGCAACGCUCCGCCCACCCCGUGAGCGUCCCACCUGCGUAGGCCCGCCCAGCGUGGCGGCAAGUGAGCGUUCGAGCUUGGGGCGCUCCCGGCGAAGGCCCAAGUGAGCGUGGACCCGCGAGCCGUGAGCUGGAGGGAGAGACACCGGCUCUUCUCCCCGCUCCUCAGGCCUGAACUGCGGCACUGACUGCGCUCCCUGAGCCGAGCACCAAGACUGGCACCUCCUACGGCCUAGUGCCUUCUACCUGCAUCGCCCGCUCAGCCCUACCCGACCAUCUUCAACCUGUUUCCUGGAUGAGCUGAGGCCUCAGUUCACACCGAGGGCUUAGCUCCUCUGCCACUUGCUGGGAGUAGGCCCACCCUUAAGGAAGGGGUGAUGGAAGGGCCCCUGGAGGAUGGGGAUGAGUCGUCAGCCUCCCAGGGCCACGCCACCGACUGGAGGUUUGCUGUGUGCAGUUUCAGAGAUGCCUGGGAUGAGGGGGAAGCUGCUCUCCAGAUGCAGGACCCCAAUCCUCCGAGCCCACCAGCAGGGGCAGCCCAGGGGGAAGGGCUACAGGGCAGCCCUCUGCCUGGUGAGCUUCAGUCAACUCCAGGACAGAAGGUUGCAGAUGGGUCGGGGGAUGGCCAGAGGGGUGUAUUAGGAGGUUCCUUAGUCCAGCGGGAGGAACCAGCCUCCUCUGGAAUGGAGAUCCUCCUAUGCCCAAUGAUCUCCCACCUUAGUCUGGCACAGGGUGAGAAUGACAGCCAAGGAGGAGGCUUGGCAGGGGACUCAGUUUCAGGCAGGGCAAUGCCAAUCCGCUUGGACCCUGAAGGGUUGGACAGUGACCCUGUGAACCUCGGGGAUCUUUUAUCUGAGACAUCAUCAGAGCUACUGGAGGCAGACCCCAGCGGAUCCAGGCUCCUUAAGUCCACUGACUGCCUCCUGGCCCAAGACCUCGCCUGGGAGCUGCUUGCCAGUGGCCUGGCUGCCCUGCCAGGCACUCGGGAUGUAGAAGGCAGGGCAGUGCUGCUUCUGAGUGCCCAUAACCCGGCCUGGCUUCACCCCAAGUGCAGCAGCCAUGAACUCAUCCGCCUCCUGCUCUACCUGCGAAGCAUCCCCAGGCCCAAAGUACAGGCCCUGGGACUGACCGUGUUAGUGGACGCCCGAAUUUGUUCCCCAAUCUCUUCCCUCUUCUGGGGGCUCAGCCAGCUGCAAGAAGCAGCCCCAGGGUCGGUGCACCAGGUGCUGCUAAUAGGAAAGAUGCCUCAGGAGGUGCCUUCAGGGCUGCAGUUAGAGCAGCUGUCCUCUGAUCAGAGCCUGCUGACCCACAUCUCCACCUCGGGGUUGCCCACUUCACUAGGAGGAGGCCUGCCUUACUGCCACCAGGCCUGGCUGGGCUUCCGGAUGCGUCUGGAAACCCUACAGCAGAGCUGCCAGGUGCUUUGUGCCCUGCUCCAGGGGGCCAUUGAGAGCAUGAAGGCUGUGCCCCAGCCCAUGGAGUCUGGGGAAGUCGGUCGGCUGCUGCAGCAGGCACGGGUCCUGAUGCAGCAUGUGCUAGACUCACCUCAGUUGGCAUGGCUACAGUGCCAGGGAGCCUUGGAGCUGGCAUGGCUGAAGCAGGAGGUUCCAGAGGUGACCCUGAGCCCAGACUACAGGCCUGCAGUGGACGAGGUUGAGGAGCUGUAUGGUCGUGUGGAUGGAUUGCUGCACCAACUGACCCUGCAGAGUAACCAGCGAGUACAAGCACUGGAGUUGGUCCAGAUGCUGGAGGCCCAGGAGGGCGAGCUGCACCAGAUUGAAGUGUGGUUACAGCAGGUGGGUUGGCCAGCACUUAAGGAGCCAAGGGAACCCUCAUUGGACAUGCUGCUUCAGGCCCAAGGCCCUUUUGGGGACCUGGACCGAAUUGCCCAGGAGCAGGUCAGGCGAGGGGAGAAACUUCUGCAGCUACUGGUUGGCUGGGAUGCGGCUGAACUGGGCCCCGCUGGGGCCCGCUUUCUGACCCUGCAAGCCCAGCUGACUGACUUCUGUAGGGCUUUAGCCCAGCGGCGGCAGCGGCUGGCGGAUGCUGAGAGGCUGUUGCAGCUCUUCAGGCAGGCCUUGAUGUGGGCUGAGGAGGGGCAGCGGGUGUUGGCAGAGCUGGAACAGGAACGCCCAGGGGUUGUGCUGCAACGGCUGCAGUUGCAUUGGACCAAGCAUCCUGACUUGCCUCCUGCCCACUUCCGAAAGAUGUGGGCUCUAGCCACAGGGCUGGGAUCUGAGGGUAUCCGCCAGGAGUGCCGCUGGGCCUGGGCGCGGUGCCAGGACACCUGGCUGGCCCUGGACCAGAAGUUGGAAGCUGCUGUGAAGCCAUCACUGACAGGUAGCACAGCUAGCUUGUGUGUCAGCCGGGUACUGGCUGUACCUCCUUCCCCUCCCCUGAGGAAGGCAUACAGCCUUGAUCGGAAUCUGGGACUGAGUCUCAGAGAAUCUGCCCACCAUUGCCACCAUGAGGCCAUUGUGGCUGCCUGCCACAGACCAGAGGCUGGAGUUGGUGCCCAGUCAGGGUCAUGCCCCACCAUGCCUCCGCCAGGUGGCUCUGAACCCAGGAGUCCCAACAGACUCCAUCUGGUGCUGGCGGAGAUGGUGGCUACAGAGCGGGAGUAUGUCCGUGCUCUUGACUAUACCAUGGAGAACUACUUCCCCGAGCUGGAUCGCCCUGAUGUGCCCCAGGGCCUCCGUGGCCAGCGCGCCCACCUCUUUGGCAACCUGGAGAAGCUGCGGGAUUUCCACCGCCAUUUCUUCUUGCGUGAGCUGGAGGCCUGUACCAAGCACCCACCCCGGGUGGCCUAUGCUUUCCUGCGCCAUAGGGUGCAGUUUGGGAUGUACGCACUCUACAGCAAGAAUAAACCAUGCUCCGAUGCCCUGAUGACCAGCUACGGUCACAUCUUUUUCAGGGACAAGCAGCAAGCACUGGGGGACCACUUGGACUUGGCCUCCUAUCUGCUGAAGCCCAUCCAGCGCAUGAGCAAGUACACACUGCUGCUGCAAGAGCUGGCACGGGCCUGCGGGGGAACCGUGCCAGAGCUGAGUGCCCUGCGGGCUGCCCAGAGCCUCGUGCGCUUCCAGCUGCGACACGGCAAUGACUUGCUAGCCAUGGAUGCCAUCCAGGGCUGUGACGUCAACCUCAAGGAACAGGGGCAGUUGGUCCGGCAGGAUGAGUUCACGGUGUGCUCUGGGCGCCACAAGUCCCUGCGUCGUGUUUUCCUCUUUGAGGAGCUGUUGCUUUUCAGCAAGCCUCGCCGAGGACCCAAAGGCAUCGACACAUUUGCCUACAAGCGCUCCUUCAAGAUGGCAGACCUUGGCCUCACUGAGUGCUCUGGGGAUAGCAACCUGCGCUUUGAGGUCUGGUUUCGCCGUCGCAAGGCCAGGGACACCUUUGUGCUACAAGCUGCCAGCUUGGCCACGAAGCAGGCUUGGACAGCUGACAUCUCCCGCCUGCUCUGGAGGCAGGCUGUCCACAACAAGGAGGUGCGCAUGGCUGAGAUGGUGUCCUUGGGUGUGGGGAACAAGGCCUUCCAGGACAUCGCCCCCAGCAAAGAAGCUAUCAACGACCGCACCGUCAACUAUAUCCUGAAGUGCCAAGAAGUUCGCUCUCGGGCCUCCAUUGCUGUGGCCCCAUUUGACUAUGACAGCCCUUACCCGGGGGCCUCAAGCUCCCUUUCUGGAGAUCCUGCUUCUUGCUCUGUACUGGGGUCCCUCAACCUGCAUCUGUACAGAGACCCAGCUGUUCUGGGCUUCCGCUGGCCCCUGUAUUCCACCGGCUUCCCAGAGGAAGCAGUACUGGAGACUGAAGCUGAGCUGGGCAGCCAGCCAUCUUUGAUUCCUGAGGACUCAGAGGUCUCCUCCCAGUGCCCGUCAGCCAGUGGCUCCAGUGGCUCGGACAGCAGCUGUGUGUCAGGGCAGGCCCUGGGCAGGGGCCUGGAGGACUUGUCCUAUGUGAGUUCCAUUUAGCCUUAUACCCACCAGCCCUUUCUCAGCCCUGCCUGGGCCUAUGGCUGCCUUGCUUUUAGGUGGAAAUGGGGGUGGUAGGUCAGAGCCAUUCCUCAGAGACCCCACCUGGACCCCGAGCCAGGGAAAUACAUGUUCGUGCCUAGCUUUGCACCACAGGUCUGAGCCUGGGCUUGAAGGUGGGCCGUGGAUCCAGGAGUUGCUAGAUCCAAGGAACAUCACCUCUCUCAAGAUCUGCUAUGACCAGGCCAUGGGUGGCACCUGGGUCACUUCCAGCCCACAUGCACAGCCCUGUCGACUACCCUUUCUGAUGUCUGUGUCAUUGGACAGAUCAGCAGGGACCUCUCCAGGGGAUGCUGGUUGCAGAGCCUAAAUGAGCACCCUGAUUCUGGGCCCCUGGCCUCAUGUCCCCUUUUUCUCUCCCCAUCUCCAGCUCCCACCCCAGUUGUUCCCACCCAGAACAGAGGGUGGGUGUUUGUUUCUAUGCUGUAGGCUGGUGGGACAUCUAGUGACUGGGCUGCCCCACCCCUCAGUAGGAAUACAGGUGGGUUCCUAGCCACUGCUUCCCAACCCCUGGUCUCAAAGCCAAGCUCAUCCCUGUUGGACUCUUACUCUUGCCUGCCCUGGCUCCCUAGGCCCAGGCCCUUCUUUCCUGGGUCAGUUUGGUUAUAUUGAUUCAAAGCUUUUGAAUAGAUUUCAGUUUAAGAUUAUUUCACUGGUUAUAAGGUCUUUGGUGUCUCAGAG